AUGCUUGGAGAUGCUGCCCAUCCAAUGGUACCCACUCUGGGUCAAGGUGCGGUUCAAGCCGUUGGAGAUUCCGCGGUAGUAGCGAUAUGCCUCCAACUUUGCGCCGGUGAUGUUCCAAACGGGCUAAGGGCGGCACAACCACUUAGAGCCACAAGGGCUACCUUGAUACAGAGAGCAGGCGUGGAGCUCUUAACUGCUGUCCAUGUCAAUGGACCACCAUCCACAAUACCAUAUUGGAUCUAUCUGCAUGACUGCCAGCGACAUGGGUAUCAAGAGUACGGCAAAGUAUUUCAGUCACUGAAGGCCGGUGUGCCCUAUCUGCCGACCAACAUUCCCACUGGUUCCACCUGGAACGUGGGCCAUGAGGUCGAGCUAGGACCAAAGCUUAGGGCAUUCAAGGAAGCUCUUAAAGCCCGGGGCGAUACAAUUACGGCGCUCCCCUAG